GGCCUUGCGUGUGGACAGAGCGGCUGACUUGGGGCUUCCAGAGACUCCUGUGUGUGUGUGUGUGUCACCUAGAUGGCCUGCUGCGUUGCUGGGGUCCGGUGGUGGUAACCUGGUGGCGGGGUCCCCCCCUUCUCGUGUGCUGUGCUUUCCCUGGGUUCUGGGUCUCCUCACUGAGUGUGUGUGCUCUGUGUGACUGUCACGUGUGCCUGGGUGUUUAUAUUUUUGGUUGGGGAUUCUCUGCAUCAGUCAGUAGCCCAUGCACCCUGGUAAGCCUCAGCUUUAAAUUAGUUCCCCCUGUUGAUUUGUUCCUGUGUAAGUGUUUUAAAUUAAUUUGUUAAAAUAAAGCACAUGUAAGUUUGAUUGGAACGUGUCUACUGUUUUGAGUAAAACGAACUGUGUGCCUCAAAGGUGAGCUUUGUUGAAACUUACUUCCUGGGGUGAAAUUCCCCAGGUGGCGUUGUCGGUUUAGUGUACAAUCUGACCAGAAACUCUUAUACUUCUACUUCACCAUAGCUGUCUCCCUCGCCACAUUAAGGAUUAGAUGGGAUUGCUUAUGCUGAGACCUGUCCAGAUAUGUCUUUGUUGAAAUUCUUGUUACGCAAACAAGCAUUUCACGCGAAACAUGACUGUGGUAAAUAAAGGGUCAAACCCAGGAAAUCUGGAAGGACAGGGAGGAGCUUGACUUUCAACUAUCAAUCAGUAACAGAUCCUACAAUGAAAAGUGAGACAGUGUUAUGUAACGAGUGAAGAGAGGUACGAAUAUCGCCUGCUUGCCUGAGAAAUUACAGCAGGACAAGAGUGUCAUAAAUACAGCGAGAGACCAUCAACGAUCAGAAUGUCUGCUCAUCCGGACAAGAUGGAUUUACCUUCACGGCCUGAACUGUUUGAUUUCCAUGGAGUCUCAAUGACACAUUAUUUCACUGACAACUGGAAGAACGUUCAGAGCUUUCAAGCCAGGCCAGAUGAUAUACUUAUUGCAACAUACCCCAAAGCUGGAACCACAUGGGUCUCCUACAUCCUUGACCUGCUGUAUUUUGGCCAGACAGCCCCAGAGCGUCAGACAUCCAUCCCAAUUUAUGAAAGAGUACCUUUCUUGGAGAUUAUGGAGUCAGCUGUGGAUACAGGAGUUGAACUGGCGAACAACCUUCCCACCUCUCCACGACUCAUUAAAACUCAUCUUCCUAUCCAAUUUGUGCCAAAGUCCUUUUGGGAGCAAAACUGCAGGAUGAUCUACGUGGCCCGCAAUGCCAAAGACAACAUGGUCUCUUAUUUUCAUUUUGAACGCAUGGACAUGUCUCAGCCACAACCUGGAGACUGGAGCAGCUACCUCCACAGAUUCAAAGAGGGAAAGAUUGUGUUUGGACCCUGGUAUGACCAUGUGAACGGCUGGUGGAAGAAGAAACAGACUUACUCAAACCUCCAUUACAUGUUCUUUGAAGAUAUGGUUGAAGAUACUGGACGGGAAAUAGAGAAACUCUGCCGCUUUCUUGGUUUGUCUCCUUCAGUGGAGGAGAAGAAACAAAUUACAAGUGGAGUUCAGUUUGAUAACAUGAAAAAGAACGACAUGACCAACUAUUCUACUGUCCCAGUUAUGGAUUUCAAAAUAUCUCCUUUCAUGAGAAAAGGGAAGGUUGGUGACUGGAAGAACCAUUUCACUGUGGCCCAGAGUGAAGAGUUUGAUGAAGACUACAAGAAGAAGAUGAAGGACCCUACACUUCAGUUUCGCACUGUAAUCUGAACAGGACGGGACAGACUGUGUAUCUGUGGAGAUUGGUCCAUGAUUGACUGGAUGUGUGGCAUUUCUGUAAAAAUGAUCAAACCAAUAGUCAUUUUUGGAGGUGAAAAUGUCAGCCAUAACAAGAGAAUGUAUAUGUAUAAAAUAUUUGAUAAUUGGCAUUUCAUUGACCAAAAAUUUGUCAAUACAGAAAGCAUGUAGGCUUCGAUUAUCAUGUCCACUGUAUUACCCAAAUAUUUGUUAGUUGUUGUUUGAUGACAGAGCAGCUGUAUUGCACCAUAUUUACUGAUACUGCUAAAUGAGAACAAGAGAUCAGUGUGAUCAAUUAAAUAAA